CGGUAGCUGAAGACAUGUUUGGGUAUGCGACAAGCUCUUGGUAUCUUGGUGACACAGUAUCUUACAUUGAGUUUAAUACUCCCACGUUUACCUCGGAGGAAGUCUUAACCCUUGAAGAUGCCAUCAAUAUGAAACUUCGCAGUGCAGUACCCGUGACAGUUAUGGAGUAUGAUGCCUCUGACCCAAAAUUAAAAGAGUCUCAUACGAGAGGCCUACCAGAAGAUCUUGUUGGACCAGUGAGAGUGGUAACCAUUGAUGGCAUUGAUUCUAAUAUGUGCUGUGGAACUCACGUCCAUAGUCUUGCAGAUAUUCAAGCAGUCAAACUUUUGCACACAGAAAAAGGAAAAACCAAUAAAAUACUACUGUAUUUUGUUGCUGGCAACAGAGUCCUAAGGUACCUAGGAGAAUGUGUUUCAAGAGAACGGGCACUAAAUGUAAUACUGCAUACCUGUCCAUCAGAUCAUGGUAGCAAAAUUGAGAAACUACAGAAGGAUUUGAAAAGUAGCUUGAAAUCACUGAAGGAUGCAUUUAAGGACCUUGCAGCCUUUGAAGGUCAGAAAUUUUUAUCUCAAAAUCCCCGACCAAAAGUAUAUUUUCAUCACCGAAGAGAUGGUGAUAUGGAUUAUCUUAGUGGUAUUAUUAAUGAAAUUAAUGAUGAGAGCAUAUUGAAAAUAUUAACAACAGGUGAAGAUAAAGGUCCUGGAACUUUAGUAGUGCAUGGACCUCAAGAUUUAGUUUGCCAAGUUGGACCCAAGUUAUGUGAAAUUCUUGAAGGUCGAGGAGGAGGUAAAACACGUUUCACAGGAAAAGUUAACAGGCUUGGAAAACGGAAAGAUGCAGAGAAAUAUGUGCUGAAGGUUCUGGAUUGCGAAGUUGAAAAUUGAAUUAAUUUGUUCUAGGGAUGUUAGAUUAUUAUUAUUUAACUGUUCACUAUCUUCGGAUCAAGUAAAUUUAAGGGAUUUUGACGGAGGAAAAAUCUAUUUUUGGGUGAGGAGCCGUGUCGCUCGGUGAAAUGUCUCGUUAGCCAUUUCUGAUAUAUAAAACUAAUGCUAAAUAUACCAGAG